GGGCUGGGCUGCGUGAGGGAGGAGGGUUCAUCAUGCCUAGUGGCGUAUAAGAAGACCCCACCACCGGUCCCUCCAUGCACCACUUCAAAGCCGUUCAUCUCAGUCACAGUCCAGAGCAGUACUGAGUCUGCCCAGGACACCUACCUGGACAGCCAGGACCACAAGAGAGAGGUGACUAGCCAUUCGGGCCUGAGCAACUUGUCGGACAGCCUGGACAGCAGUACCCGACCGCCCAGCGUGACACAGGGUGGAGUCGCCCCAGCCGCUGAGGCCCCAGAGCCACCCCCAAAACAUGCAGCUCUGAAAAGUGAACAAGGGACGCUGACCAGCUCUGAGUCCCACCCCAAGGCCGCCCCCAAAAGGAAACUGUCAUCAAUAGGAAUACAAGUUGACUGCAUUCAGCCAGUGCCAAAAGAGGAGCCCAGUCCCGCUACCAAAUUCCAGUCCAUCGGGGUUCAGGUAGAGGACGACUAGCGAAGCAGCGUUCCCUCUCACAGUAUGUCCUCCCGACGGGACACAGACUCGGAUACCCAGGAUGCCAAUGACUCAAGCUGUAAGUCAUCUGAGAGGAGCCUCCCGGACUGUACCCCUCACCCCAACUCCAUCAGCAUCGAUGCCGGUCCCCGGCAGGCCCCCAAGAUUGCCCAGAUCAAGCGCAACCUCUCCUAUGGAGACAACAGCGACCCUGCCCUAGAGGCGUCCUCGCUGCCCCCACCCGACCCCUGGCUCGAGACCUCCUCCAGCUCCCCAGCAGAGCCGGCACAGCCAGGGGCCUGCCGCCGAGACGGCUACUGGUUCCUAAAGCUACUGCAGGCAGAAACGGAGCGGCUGGAAGGCUGGUGCUGCCAGAUGGACAAGGAGACCAAAGAGAACAACCUCUCUGAAGAAGUCUUAGGAAAAGUCCUCAGUGCUGUGGGCAGUGCCCAGCUACUGAUGUCCCAGAAAUUCCAGCAGUUCCGGGGCCUCUGUGAGCAAAACUUGAACCCUGAUGCCAACCCACGCCCCACAGCCCAGGACCUGGCAGGGUUCUGGGACCUGCUACAGCUGUCCAUCGAGGACAUCAGCAUGAAGUUCGAUGAACUCUACCACCUCAAGGCCAACAGCUGGCAGCUGGUGGAGACCCCCGAGAAGAGGAAGGAAGAGAAGAAACCACCCCCUCCGGUCCCAAAGAAGCCAGCCAAAUCCAAGCCGGCAGUGAGCCACGACAAGGCCUCAGACGCCAGCGACAAGCAGCGCCAGGAGGCCCGCAAGAGACUCCUGGCGGCCAAGCAGGCAGCUUCUGUGCGGCAGAACUCGGCCACCGAGAGCGCGGACAGCAUCGAGAUUUAUGUCCCGGAGGCCCAGACCAGGCUCUGAGACCAUGCAGGAGGAAAAAAAAGAUUUCAAAUUAUUAAAAAACACAAAAACUAAGUGCGAACGGAAGAGUUUUCUCAACCU